UCCGUGAGAGAACACAGCACGCUUUAUCUUUAUCUACAUUUUCACGAGACUUACGCUAGAGAAAAAUGGAGAACAAGAAUACUACCACUCUUAAUGGACAGAAACCGGUAGACUCUCCCAAAUACAAUGAGGAUUCACUUCUACCCAUCGCUGAGAAGGGACUUUUCUUCCACGAUUCCUUCUUCGAGGAUAUUCGGAAGCACUUUGAGACAGCCGUUGACCAAAUCCUGGAUAAGUGGGGAGAAGCCAAAUCAGUGAAUGAUCUCAUGAGUAGCUUCACACGCGUAAGAGAGCGCAAUUUACAGCAAGAGAACCAAGUCAUAGCCUUCAGCGAAGACGACCAGAAUCACAAGGUUAGUUUUUCUAUCUAAAAACCAUGUGGACCGCAAAAACACUAGUUCAAAUAUUCACGUAUAUGAAUUCAAGAAAAAAUC